AUGUCUUUCCAAUGGUCUCCGCCCACUAAAAAGAUUGUGAUUGCAUCAGACAUUCCUCGAUUCAAGAGAUCGAUUGGCUACAAGAAUCUCAACUUAGCUAUAGCUUCCAUUCUUGAAAAAAUAAAAGGAAUCGAUAUUCCAAAGGGUUAUCUUGACCCCAAAAUCGUCACUAGAGAGCUAGAUGUGACAGAAGUUGCUCCGAAACUAGAAUUGCCAGCACCAGAAAAGGAUAAAUCUGCCGAAACAAAUGCGGCAACCAACAUUAUACAGUUGUUGAAUGACAUUGACAAGAUCACCGACUCCACUCCACCGCUCACUGGGCCCCGAAGGUUUGGAAAUAUGGCCAGCAGAACCUGGCACGACAAGCUCCAGGGCCAAGCACGUGGACUAUUGGUCAAUUGGGUUCCCAAACCGUCAUCUUUGGAAGAUAAUGACUUUUCUCAGUUCCUCGAUGAACUCCAAUACUACUUUGUGAAUUCGUUUGGAUCCAAAAUUAGGCUCGAUUACGGCACUGGUCACGAGCUUUCAUUUCUUGCGUUUUUGGGAGCUUUGGAUAGGUUCAAAGUCGUCCCUUUCUCUGAAAUUAAAGGUGUUGACAUACUCAUUAUAUUUGCCAGGUACUACGAUGUUGUUCGAAGACUCAUAGUUGAGUACACUUUGGAGCCAGCAGGUUCCCACGGAGCAUGGGGUUUGGAUGAUCAUUUCCACUUGAUAUAUAUCUUGGGAGCAGCACAAUUCAAUAAUGUCACUGCAGGUUCGGCACCCACUGUGAAACUGGUCUUGACAAGUCAAGUAAUGGAACAGUACAAGGAACACAACCUAUACGUGAACGCCAUAGCAUUCAUACAUCGCAUAAAGAAGGGUCCAUUUUACGAGCAUUCGUCGUUUCUUUACGAUAUUCAUACUACUGUAUACCAGUGGGAAAAGGUGUUGAAAGGUCUCUUGAAAAUGUACGAAGACGACGUUUUCUCAAAGUUUCCAGUUGUGCAACACUUUUGGUUUGGGGGUGUUCUCUAUCCGUGGAGAGACAUGGAUACAAACGAAGAGCUACCCACGAGUGAAGCAGAGGAAAAAGCAGAAACAGUUCUUCCAGGAAUGAUCAAUGGAGGUACUGGAAUUCGCACAACUCCUUCUAAUAUCUCUAUGACCCGUGUUCCCUGGGCAAAACCUCCGGGAAGAUAG